UUUCACUUCUCGUAAAAACCUAAACAAAUCAAAGAUUUUUUUUUUUUAGUUGUAUAGCAAAAUGCCGAUUGUUCAUAAAGCAUCCACAAUUGAACCACCGCUGCAAUCGGCGCCGUGGGCUGAGCUUCCGGUGGAAAUUACUAUGGACAUUCUGCAGCGUUUGGGAAUGAUAGAGAUAGUGGAGAGUGCGCAGAGGGUUUGUAGUACGUGGUGGAAGGUUUGCCAUGAUCCCGCUAUGUGGCGUGUUAUUAACUUGAAAUAUGACCCUAAUAGUGACAUGCGUGGUGUGUUGAAUAAGAUAUGUCGGAUUGCUGUGGAUCGUAGCCAGGGCCAGUUACUCAAAAUUAGCAUUGGUAGCAAAGACCUGCUCAAUUACAUUGCUGAUAGAUCAAGUCAGCUCAGACAUCUCCGACUUGUCAACUGUGGUAACGUUGCUGGAGGUUUGGUUUCAGCUGCCAAGAAUUUCCCGUUAUUGGAGGAGUUGCACGCUCACUUGACCUUUAUUACUGCAGAGGAUAUAGAAAGUGUUGGGCAAAGUGUUGGUCGUUAUUGUCCUCUGCUUAACUCAUUCACAUUGAAUGCCAGUGAAUAUGAUACUCCUGUAAAUUUAAUAUCUGCAGAUGAUGGUCAAGCUCUAGACAUUGCCAAAAGUAUGCCUGAAUUGCGGCACCUUGCACUUAUUGCAAAUACGCUGACAAAUGUUGGACUUGAAGCUAUUCUUGAUGGCUGUCCACACCUUUUAUCACUUGACUUGCGCUGCUGUUAUAAUAUUGAUCUUGAAGGAGAUUUAGGUAAAAGAUGCAGAGAACAGAUUGUAGAUCGUAAGCAACCUUGUGCUUCCUGUCAAGAUUAUGAGUUUUAUUCUGAAUUUUCACAUUACUGUUUCUCUAAUGAUGACUCUACAUUUAGGGACUAGGGUCUCCUAAUUAUGAUAACUUCCUCCGCUUCAGAGACUAUAUAUCUUGAGAAACUAAUGUGGCAGUUUGAUGGGAAUGUGGAAGAAGACAAAGGGAUUUUAGUAGCAGUGGUUUU